UGCAGCACGAGCCGCUUUCCAGGCUUGGAAAGAAGCUGUCGCCAACAUAGCUUAUAUAGCGCAUCACGACCCGGGAGCCCCACUGCAGCUUAGUACCGACGCUUCUGACGUGGCAGUUGGGGCAGUCCUACUACAAAAGCUCCAACUCCAUAUCGUGACAAAUGAAGGUAAUUCAUCCCAAAAGUCGGAAAGCGGAGCAAUUCAGAAAGCGAUUACACCAUGAAAUUCGGACUUUAAAGAAGCGAAAACAACAUAGCCACAAGGACAAACUGCUCGAACAGAAAUUAAAAUGGUUUAAAGAGAACUUUCCCGUCGGUCGGACACACCUCUCCCAUAUUGAGCAAGCGGAAUUAAUCGAACGAUACUUGCGAAGAUCAAAAGGCAACGUUCCAGACGCCAGCCAACCGAUAUCCGUGACUGUGGAUAUGGCCAACGCGUUUAAUAGACAAGAAUACGAGGAGUACGCCACUUGUGGAAUUCGAGUACCUGAUCUGACAUCCAAGGUGAACGUCCAAAAGCUCCUCCUUUGGGAGAAUGACCACACACAAAUACCGGCCAUCGCUUUGAAGACAAUCAAGAGGUCAAAAAAAUAAGUAUAUUUAACAUGUUUAUCUGUACAAAUGAAGUCUCCCAUCCAUCAAGCCAUUUUGCGCCUUUUCUCACGUUGAUGCACUACAAGGGUUAGAUUUGGACUAAACGAUGGAGAAAAUCACACCUUACCUUCGCAUUUGCUCGAUCUCUCGGGAUCCAUUUUCCAACAACAUGUUCUGCAGAAUGAAUUGGGACAGUGUGUUCCCUGAAAUUGGUGAACGCGGAAAUUAGUUAGCGUGAGGUUAAUUCGGAUGUGUUGGCGCCGAACGCUCUUUGGUAGAGCAAUCGCAUAUCAAG